CUCUGGCAGGCGGCUGCCGGCGGCAGCGCAGGGGCCGGCGUUUCGCCCCUGCGAGCCGGCCGCGCUGCCGCACAGGCCUGGCGCCCUCCUCCGGCGGAGGCCGCGGCGGGCGGCCGGGACCCCGCUGCACCCAGGGCCGGCGGGGGGCGGAAGGAGGCGCGGCGGCAGAGGGCCCCUCCCCGCCGGGCGGGGGGGCGCGGCGGGGCGCUGCGGGAGCGGGCGGGCGGCGGGGCCUUAGGGGCGCCCGGCGGGGCGCCGCUCGGCAUGGCCCGCGCCCCACUCCUCCUCCUCCCCCUCCUGCUGCUGCUGCUGGGCUGCGCCCGGCGGGGCCCGCGGCCGGCGCGGUGCCAGGAGGGGCCGCAGACCGCCGACUGGAGGAUGACGCUGAAGACCAUCCGCAACGGCGUGCACAAGAUCGACGUGUACCUCAACGCGGCCCUCGACCUGCUGGGCGGCGAGGACGGCCUCUGUCAGUACAAGUGCAGCGACGGAUCAAAGCCCAUUCCUCGCUACGGAUAUAAACCUUCACCACCAAAUGGUUGUGGAUCCCCUUUAUUUGGAGUUCAGUUUGACGUCGGUAUCCCUUCGAUGACAAAGUGCUGCAAUCACCAUGACAGAUGCUAUGAUACUUGUGGCAAUAAAAAAAAUGAUUGUGAUGAGGAGUUUCAAUCCUGCCUCUCCAAAAUCUGCAGAGAUGUGCAGAAAACACUUGGAAUCUCAGAGAGUAUCCAGGCUUGUGAAUCAACUGUUCAGCUGUUGUUUGACACGGUUAUACACUUAGGAUGUAAACCAUACCUGGAUAGCCAGAGAGCUGCAUGUAUGUGUCAUUAUGAGGAUAAGACAGAUCUCUGAAAGAAGAUACCGAGAUCUCAUGACGUAGAAUAAAGUCAAAGACUCAGCUGGAACGAAGCAAGUGUUCGGUUGCAAAACUUUAUGCUUUUCAGACAGUAAUAUAUUAAACACUGACAUGAAUAUACUGAUUUGAAAGUCACUAUGAUAUUCUUCCUAAUGAAAAUAAAAAAGAAACAACUCUUCCUUCUCUUCCCCUUUACGCCAGAAGCUUGGAAACUGAAAUCAGUUUCCUUUGGUGUAUGUCAGCUCAGGGUAUGCUAUCGUAAAACACUAGUGCCAUUUCAGAGUUUUUAAGAAAACUCCAUAAUGGGGAAAUCAGAGGCGCAGAAGAGUUGUAUUUAGUUCUCAGCUGAUUUUCAAUAUAGGUCAAACUUUAGGUUUACUAACAGUCGAUGCAUCUGAUAGAUCCAGUGGGAAAGAGCAUUUUGUGUGCGUUAACAUGGCAUCGUAAAUAGCCUGGACUUUAAUGCUUUUGGUACAGUUGCCUUCAGUUCUCUCUGAUGUAUGCUGUCCCGUGGGAUUGUUCUUAAAAAACCAAAACCCCCCAAACCCUUAGCAAGGGUAUACACCUGCACUACAUAUUUCUACCUGGCUCUACACUAUCAACCGUACUUCUGCAGCACUUUUCAGGUCAAAUAUGUUGAUCCUUUCAAGGCCUGAACGUUAAAAUGAACAGUUUGCAACCUAAGGAUGUACUUUUGAUUUGACAAAACGGUGGAAUGUAGUUACUAUGUUAUUUUAAAAAUUAAUCAAAUGUUUAUUUUUUCAAAUAAAACAUUUUAUGUUGUGUAUUAUAUGCAUAGAAAGGAUAUAUUGUUCAAAUAAGGGGAUUUAUAUUUGUCUUGUGGCACAACUUCGUUACUGUAUUCAUCUUUGCUUUCAUUUAGUCCAUUCCGAUGAAAAGUAAGAGACAGUUCCACAGAUAGGGUCAGAAUGCCCAACAAACCUCUGUAUUUAAAAUGCUCUCUGUGAGGCUGACAUACUUGAGCCUGUAUUUCUGUCAUCUGUUCCCGUGACCUCUGUGAGGCUGAGAAACACCUGAGCCAGUGCUUCUGUCAUCUGUUCCCUCUCUGACUUCUCUAGCUGUGUCCUGGUUUCAGCUGGGAGAGAGUUAAUUUUCUUCCUAGCAGCUGGUACAUUCCUGUAUUUUGGAUUUAGGAUGAGAAUAAUGUCGAUAACACACUGAUGUUUGAGCAGCGCUUACACUAGUCAAGGACUCUUCAGCUUCUUUACUGCCCCGUCAGCGAGCGGGCUGGGGGUGCACAAGAAGCUGGGAGGGGACACAGCCAGGACAGCUGACCCCAACUGACCAAAGGGAUAUUCCGUGCCAUGUGAUGUCGUGCUGGACACAAAGUCCUGAGGGGAGUUGGCAGCGGGGCACAGACGCUGCUCAGGAACUGGCUGGGCAUCCUUCAGUGGGUGGUGACCAGUUGCACUGUGCAUCAUAUGUUCUGUAUAUUCCUUUACCAUUGUUAUUAUUUUCCCGUUCUUUCUGUCCUUUUAAAUUGUCUUUAUCUCGACCCAUGAGUUUUACCUUUUUGUCAGUUCUCUCCCCCCAUCCCACUGGGGGGCAGCGAGCGAGCCGCUGUGUGGUGGUUAGCUGCCUGCUGGGUUAAACCACAAGCUGAAAUCACCUGACAGCUGAAUUGUUUGGGGUUUGUUCUCUGUACUGAUCUUUCAUUGCUUAUGUCCAGUGGUCAGACCUUGGUCAACUUUUGCAUUACUUCCUCUGUCAAAGAUUUUGAUUUGCUCUCCUGGUGCCCUGAUUCUGCCUUAGAAAUCCACAGGAGGUGAGGACUGAAAAUCAAAAUAUUACAUCUUGUGAACAAGGAGUGGAAACCAGACUAAAAGCCUAAAAUUUGCCACACUCGUGGACUGUAAUGUGAUUUCUCCUCUGGAAGUACUUUUAUAUGUUUUUUUUCCACACCAGUUGUUUGUGGGUUUUUUUUUUUCAGUAGAGCUCACUGUACAUGCUGCUGAAUGAAAGUGACUCAUAGAAUAAAGUUCCUGCUAAAGUUC